AGGUCAGGGAUUCUAUUCUAGUGACGUAGUCCACUUAGGCUUCAUUUGCAACCAUGCACAGUCGACGACUGAAGGAUUGCAUUGAUUCGUAAUGGAAGUAAUUCCUCCUCCGCAAGCACAACUUGGACCCGGUACGAGAAAGAUGGGCACAUUCCUUGUCACAGCCCUGGUGGUCUGGCUCGUCAGCCAUGGAACUUACAUGGCCACAGCUUCUGCAGCUUGGGAUGACCAAGACUUCUUUAGAAACUGUCCUCCAUACCGGUGCAGCAAAGAUGGACCCGAGAUUCGGUUCCCACUCCGGCUUGAUUCCAGCAACACAUCAUCAUCAUCAUCCUGCGGCACAACAUGCGUGAAGCUAGCGUGCUCUGGCCAAGAUACCAUCAUGCUUCACCCAUUUCUUGGCCCAUGCAAUGUCACCGCCAUAAAUUACACUAGUGCCGCCCUCAGCAUCACUCCGCUUACCUCCGCAUGCACUCUGAUUCAGAAAUUCAUCUCUGCAAGUUCACCACCGGCCGAUGCUGACCAUCCCUGUACUCCGCACUACAGCAGAACUGGAACGCUUGUAGGCUGCUCAAGGGAGUUCACGCCAAGCGGGAUUACUCAAUUUCCCGUCUAUGACGACGAAGACAUUUACUAUGCUUCUGUCUCAGCUGCAGAUAAUAUUGCUGGCCCACUCUCCUGCCUUAGCAACACAACUCACUUCUCGUAUUUGGUGGACGAUUAUGCAUACAUGUAUGAUCUUCCACUGGAUUGCAAGGUCGUCUCGGAUGCUGCAUUUCCGAUGUUCAGCACAGGAUAUUAUGGAUCAACAUCAAAGCAAGUUGGGGAAGAAGAAACCCACCGCUUUUAUCACAUAGAAGCCAGCUGGAGUGAACCAGAGUCAUCAUCUGUUCCCUAUCAAUGCCAAAAGUGCGAACAAAAUGGGCAAUGCUGUGCAUUCAGCUCACAAAGGAACAUCACAUUCUGCUUGUCUCAACCUCAUAAAGGUUCACGUGUCAAAUUCAUUGCAGCCACCUCGUCGGCAGCUGCAUUUGUUGUUCUUGUUUUGGUGGUGGCCACUGUUCUUUAUCUUUCACUAAAGACAAGAUACAGCGAAGAGAUACAUCUGAAGGUCGAAAUGUUUCUCAAGACGCAUGGCACAUCAAAACCCACAAGGUACAGUUUCUCCGAAGUUAAGAAGAUAACGAGACGGUUCAAGCAUAAAUUAGGACAUGGUGGAUUCAGAAAUGUGUACAAAGGUGAGCUACCAAAUGGAGUUCCCGUGGCAAUCAAGAUGUUAGAAAACUCUAAUGGAGAGGGACAGGAAUUCAUCAAUGAAGUUGUUACUAUUGGGAGAAUCCACCAUGCAAACAUUGUCCGCCUCCUUGGCUUUUGCUCUGAGGGGACAAGAAGGGCUCUCAUUUAUGAAUUCAUGCCUAAAGAUUCAUUGGAGAAAUAUAUAUUCUCGGAUAAUUCUAGUAUUUCUCGAGAGCACCUAGAACUACACAAAAUGCUGGAUAUUGCUUUAGGAAUUGCAAGAGGAAUGGAAUACCUACAUCAAGGAUGCAAUCAACGCAUCCUCCACUUUGACAUUAACCCUCACAAUAUCUUGUUGGACUACAACUUCAGUCCAAAGAUCUCAGACUUUGGCCUAUCAAAGUUGUGUGCAAGGGACCAAAGCAUCAUUACCUUGACAACGGCAAGAGGCACGAUGGGAUACAUUGCACCAGAGAUAUACUCUAGGAACUUUGGAGGGAUAUCCUACAAGUCAGAUGUUUACAGUUUUGGCAUGCUGGUGUUAGAAAUGGUGAGUGGAAGGAGGAACUCAGACCCAAGUAUUGAAAGUCAGAACCAGGUAUACCUCCCGGAGUGGAUCUAUGAGAAAAUAAUCAUUGGGGAUGAAAUGGUGGUUACAUUGGAAAUGACACCAGAAGAAAAAGAAAAGAUGAGACAGCUGGCUAUUGUGGCACUAUGGUGUAUACAGUGGAACCCAAGAAACCGGCCAUCAAUGACAAAGGUUGUAAACAUGUUAACGGGGAGGUUGCAUAAUCUGCAGAUGCCCCCUAAGCCCUUUGUCCCAUCUGAAAAUCAUCUCAUGCCAUAAAAAACAUGAAGAUCAUAUUGCCAUACGGUGUGUACUAGUACCAGUAGCAUGUAGAAAGUUUGAUUGUUUAGUCAACUAUGUUAGCUACUUGAUUUAGCUUAUGAGAUACUAUAUUGUUGUGCUACUAAGCCCAAACAUGUUGCACUUGGAUUUUAAUUGCAAUGAAAUAGUUGGAAAAUGAGAACUUAUCAAAUUAUCUUAUCCUGUCUUCUAUGCGUGCCCCAGUCAUUCUAAAUGGACACCUCAACAAGUGGUCAUGAACUCAAGAUGUUCCCAUUAUAUCCACUACAAUGAGUCGCCGUAUAUUUCAAAACUACAAGAGGAUCCUGUAAACAACCAACUAAUCAGGUAAUGUGUAUUUCCGGGCACUAGAAACUUACAAAUCGUGUUCUGAUUAUUUAGAGAGAAAAACAAGAGGAAAACACUGGAAAAGAAUUACCAUGGCUAUCUGCAGGUUAUCAGGACCAUCAGAUUAGUGCAUCGUCAUGCUGGAACAAAUCUUCAAUGCAGAGUUGUAGACACAAGCAGUCAGAAACUCAGAACUAGAGUACAUUCUGAACGCAGCAAGAGGAACAAGUCAGAACUAGAGUACAUUCUGAUAACGUUGGUCGAUUGCUAGGGAAACAAGCAUUGGAAAUUGCUUGAAGCAUGUUUGGUUUUUCUUUGACUCGUCUGAUCAUCCUAUGAACUUUAAGCAUGCAGAAAGAAAAAUGUUUUCAGACAUUGACAACAGUUUUCAGUCUGAUGCCAAAUUCAGUUCAGGAAGCCAAAAACAAGUCCCAUCGUCUGAUGCCAAAAUUCACUCUAGCUGAUUUGCGACAGCUGAGCGGUUUAAGAGGAGAAAGUAAAGGUGAGGAUACAGUUACCUAGCAAGCCCUGCUUGUGAGCUAGCAGACUGUGACCAGCGAGGAAGAGGGCGGAAAGGAGCUGCUUAUCACGAUGCAUGGUGACCGCGGCGGCGCAGGGGCUGUCGUUGCUAACCCCAGCCAUGGAAGAAAGGAGGGACGGGGGAAGAAAAAGGCGAGUUAAUCAAACGUACCUCCGCAUCUGCCGGCCAUGGAGGAUUGGAGGCGCCACCGCGGCCGACUGGACACGACACGACGCCGCCACUACCGAUGGAGCACAGCCACCAUUAUGAUCGUCGGUCGGUGAAGGAGUGUUGGCCGUGUGUGGGCUGUGUG